GCAACACAGAAUCGGAGCUUAUCCACAAGUCCUGAAAGCCUUUAGAGUCCAAUUUUCGCACAAUUUUGUUUAACUGAGUUACACAAAAGCAGCAUGGCCCUGGAGAACUGUUUAAGAGUAACCACAGUUGGCACAGCCAGACCCCAAUGUCUUUCUCCAAUCUUUUUAACCUCAAGGGAAAAGCUUGUUUUCCGAACUCAGAGAGGUUUCAAGAAAUCCAUGUUAAACUCUAAAGUAUCAUACCCAUCUCUUUUAUCAACCAGUGGUGCCCACAGAAAAUCUCGUUUUAUUUGCAAUGCUCGGGAAGCAAUAAAUGAAGUUAAAGUAGUGACUGACUCAAGCUGGAAUAACCUUGUCAUUGGAAGUGAGACUCCUGUGCUGGUAGAGUUUUGGGCACCAUGGUGUGGUCCAUGCAGAAUGAUAGCACCAGUCAUCGAUGAGUUAGCAAAAGAAUAUGCUGGAAAAAUUGCAUGCUACAAGGUUAACACAGAUGAUUGUCCAAACAUAGCAACACAAUAUGGCAUCAGAAGCAUACCAACAGUUCUGUUCUUCAAGAAUGGAGAGAAAAAAGAAAGUGUCAUUGGUGCAGUUCCCAAGUCUACUCUAUCCGCAACAGUGGAAAAAUAUGUUGAUUUAUAAGCUCAGAAAAAUUAUGAAAACGGCACGCAUU